CGUGCUCCUUGUAAUCGAGAAGCGACUGUUGGUAAUCUCGUGCCUAUCAUUCCUAUUCUAUCUCUAAAAUUCAUUGGAUUAGAAGAGUGAGACAACGAGUUGCAUUAGCGAGCGUACAACAGUCCUUACCCUAUCUCAAAGUUGUGUGUUAGGUGAACAUUUUGGCGAUAGCCAAGCGUAUAGUACAUAACUCAUCUACCUUUUAAGAAAUAUUAAAUUCUCGUUAACCUCCUCUUCCUACUCACUAUGGCGGGCAAGGGCUCCGUCUUCCUCCUCGGCCCAGGUUUCAUUGGACUUGGAGUCCUCAAAGAGCUCCUCCAUGAGGGGUACCAGGUCACAGUCCUAGUCCGGAAAGAAGAAGCAAGAGCAGGCCUCGAGAAGCUGGGGACUAAAACUAUACUCGGAUCGCUGGAUGAUGGCGAUGUAAUCCGCAAUGCCGCCGCCGCUGCCGACAUCGUGAUACACACCGCGACAGCCGAUCACGAGCCCUCAGCCGUUUCCAUCCUCGAGGGCAUCAACGAGCGCGCAAAGGCUGGGAAGAGCUCUAUCUACAUCCACACCAGCGGCUGCAGUGUCAUCACUGAUAAAUCCAACGGUGCAUAUGCCAGUGACAAGAUCUAUGAAGAUGACAAGCCCGAGACGAUUGACAGCGUAGCGGACGAUGCGCCCCACCGCACCAUUGACCUGGCCAUCCUCAAGCGCCGGGCCGAACUGGGAGCUAAAGCUAAGAUCGCGAUUAUGUUCCCGCCGCUGAUCUAUGGGCUGGGCCAGGAGAACCGCCUCUCGAUCCAGCUACCGACCAUGGCGCGCUUCGCACUCAAGCACGGCUACCCGGGGUAUGUGGGAAAGGGCAAGGCGGUCUGGCGACACAUCCACGUCGCCGAUCUGGCGCGGGGCUACAUGACCAUUUUGCACCACAUGGAAUCCUCGUCUGGGGAGGAGGUGCUCAAGAACCCGUACUUCUUCUCCGAGAACGGGGAGGACUAUUCGUGGGAGGCGUGUGCUGAGAUGAUUGGGAAGGCGCUGAAGCAGGCGGGCAAGAUCGAGGAUUCGACGCCGAGGGAGAUUCCGGAGGAGCUGUAUGGUGAUCUCUUUAAGGAGUGGUCUGUCCCGGUCAUUGGGCAAAAUUCGAGGAACCGUGCCAAUAGAUUGCGUGCGCUGGGCUGGGAACCCCGUGAGAAGUCGACCUUCGAUUCGCUGAUGUCGGAUGAGUUGCCUCUCCUGCUGGCUGAGACGGGAGAGUUCAAUGGCUACGCAGCAGCUGUUGCUUCCUAGUUCUGUAUGCCGCUCAAUAGCUAAUAGCACUGCUAAAAGCAAAUAUAAAAAAUCGUGAGUCCAACAUUACAGUAAUGAGCACCUCGUAGUCCGUGGAUCAAGCGUUUGCCUCCAAUAUCAACCGCACUCCAUUCUUUCACUGCUCCUGGCAUCCCAACGUGCAGUAAAGUCUCUAUAAUCCAUUGAUUAUUAGGGAUCCCGC